UAAUGUUGAUGUUCUGUUACAGAUAAUGUGCAGUGAUGGUGGAUGUUUUACCAAAAUUGCAGAAAGUCGGUGAUCCCUGGGUCGUACCUCCACCAAGACACUGUGGUUUCUCAAAUGCUCAACCUCAUGCAGGGAAUGUUUACGGUGAUCACAAUAUUAGUCUCUCAAAGGAUAAUUAUGGGAUUGGCCGUGGAACAAACAGGAGAGGGGGCUCAAGGAACCAUAGCAAGUCAUAUAAUAAUUGGGAGUGGCACAAAAGCCACUCGGCACCUGCUUUAAGGUGUGUUUCAGCGCCAAGGCCAACAAAGUACACGUAUACCAAGAGGGCGCGUGACCAGUCUGCAAGUGCUCUUCUAUACCAAAUUAAACUUGGAGAACGGUUAGCAGAAUUUAAGUCUUAUCCAACUAUCCACCCUCAACCUUUGUGCCGCCCAUUCCAUGGUCGAGCUUGUGCGUGUAUGCCCUUCAGUGUGAAUGGCCUUAUUGAUGAAACCACUACCAAACUGGGUCUUCAAAAUCUUCUUUGUGUAUCUACUAGCAAUGCCGACAGGUAUUACCUAACUCGAAAGUGCUGCUAUGUCUUCCAUUGUAUGAACCUACGAACCAAAUUUAACUAUCCGGAUAUACCAAAUCAGAUGAUCAUUCGUGAUGAACGGGUGGCUUCAGCCAUGGAACAAGUGGUGGCAGAGGAGAUGGAGAAUAAUGGACUGGGAGCCAGUGAUAAAAAAGCAUAUUCAUCCCUGAUAGCUAAACACACUAGUAGAGCUCAUAAGUUGCUCAAUGACAUGAAAUCAGCUAUAUCCAGUAUUUUAAUUAGAUUAACAGGUUAUGUAUUGUUUAAAGUGUUCAGCAAUCUUCUGAUGUCGGUGACAAUUCAUGGCGGCCAGCAAGAAGUGAUUGAAAGAGCAGCCAAAAGAGAGACGCCCAUAAUCUUUGUUCCACUGCACCGGUCACAUGUUGACUACCUGUUUGUCACUUGGGUACUCUUCAACCGACAGAUCCCUGCACCCAUUGUCGCUGCUGGCGACAAUCUUCGCAUUCCUGUAUUUGGAUGGCUAUUAAGAGGGUUAGGAGGCUUCUUUAUUAAACGUCGUCUGGAAAGCUGUAAGGCUCGGAGAGACAUCCUUUACCGUGCAGUUCUCCAAACAUACAUAACUCAUGCUUUGCAAGCAGGCUACAACUUGGAAUUCUUCAUCGAGGGUGGCCGGACUCGGACAGGCAAACCAUGCAUGCCAAAAGCUGGCCUUCUGAGUGUUAUUGUGGAUGCCUACACCAAUGGCACUCUGGAUGAUGCUCUGAUUGUCCCCAUUGCCAUCAAUUAUGAUAGGUUGUUAGAUGGAAACUUUAUCAGGGAACAAAUGGGACAAAGUAAGGUUCCAGAAUCAUUUUGGGGAGCAGUUCGAGCCAUAAUGAAGGUGCUCUCCACUAACUAUGGGCAUGCAAGAAUUGAUUUCGGGCAGCCUUUUAGUCUGCGUGAAUUUAUCCAGAAUGCCAAGGUUGCUUCAGCUCGUCUUGGUUUAAGUCAAUCUCAGAAUAAACCCAAAAACGAAGUUGUAUUGGGAUGCACACCACCCCUCUCUCCAACCCCAACAAAUGAAAGUCGUGCACCAGUUGCUGAUGACUUGAAGUCACUAACACCACUUGCUCAAGCUGUAUGUACUCUAGUCACAGGAAAGGGUCACCAGAGGUCUUUGUCUAGUCCAACAUCGAGUGAUCAUCUGCCACUAAAGAGAUCAUUAACCAAUCCCUCCAGUGCCAUAAAUGGCGUAACCUCCAAACUUCAUGAAGCAAGAAGUAACUCCUCUCUUUUUGGAACUGAAGUAACAGAUGAAUAUAGAUAUCUUGUCAAGUCAUUAGCAUCUCAUAUUGUUUAUGAUGCUGAGCAAUGUCAAGCCAUCAUGUCAACAAAUGCAGUAGCGUGGUUGUUGUCAUUUGUGUAUCGUGAUGGAACAAGCUUAUCUACUCUCACAAAAGCACUUGAUGCCCUACGAGACUCUUUGCGAGCCCGAAAAAGAGAUACAGGUUUCUCUGGCAAAUCUAAAGAUGUUAUUAUACAUGCUGCUAAAUUACUUGGAGCUGGACUGGUUAGAAUAGAAAUGCCCCAGAAAAAUGACAAGACUGGAUGUGAAGCAGAUUUCUCAUUAGAACCCAUCACACUCCUACCAAAUGUCAUCGAACUCAACUAUUAUGCUAGUGCUCUUAUUCCUGUCUUUGCUAUUGAUGCUGUUGUUGCCACCAGCUUAUUGUCAUUAGUUGAUUGUGAUAUAUGGAGCUAUAAGGACUGCUCUCCAGAUUGCCUCAUAGACAGAGAAAAGCUAAUUGAGCGAGCUCUUCGUCUGUCCGAGAUACUACAGAAUGAGUUCCUGCUGGCCCCACCGUGUGCCAGCCUGGACACUAAACUCCAUCAAUCUGUGGAUAACCUUGUUGACAUGGGCCUCCUACAGGAUGCUGGGAAGGUUCACAACAGAUGGUCUGACGACUCUGACGAGGAUGAAAUGACCUUCUCCUUGUGUUACAAGGUGGUACCAUCUACGUCCUCGCUGGAAGUAAUUGGAGCAUGGAUAACUAUGCUUACCCCUAUGCUGGAUGCUUACUACUACACUGCAUGCAGCCUAAAUACACUUGUUUCUAGACAAAUACCUGACAAGGAGUUCAUUCAGAAUACUCAGAAUCAAAUUGCAACUCUUGUUGACAAAGGCACUCUGAGAUAUGGUGAAAGUAUGUGUGUGGACCCCAUACGAAAUGCUGUCAAAUUCUUUGAGUCUGAAGCGGUAGUGGAAAGCUACACGCACGACAGUGUCCGUCUCUUGUAUCUCGCUCAAGAUUAUGACUCUGAAGAACAUCUUUCGAUCUUUAUCACUGAAAUUGACGGGUACAGAUCAUGAGUAAUUUUUUAGAUUCUCUUGUGUGCCAGUCUCUUUUAGGACAGUCUCUUUGACAGUGAGGAUGUUUUUGGUUAAUAUUAAUUAUAGAUUCUUAAGCAGCUUUUACUCAGUGAGAGAACUAUGUCUACCUUCUGCUAUUAACAGCAUUGUCUUAAACAAAAAUUUCAAGUUUCGUCCAUUUAGUGUUUCUCGCAUGCAAGUGCAUUAAGGAGACCACAUAUAUGCUAGUAAUGGAAUCACCCAGAAUGUUGUUGACUUGGUUUUACUAUUGUACAUUGAUGUGUCGGUUAAUUGAAGGUGUGGUUACAAUUGUCCUGGUUAACAAGUUACUGGUAGUUAUAUAAUAGUGGAAUUAUUAUUACUAAUGGUAUCCUGCCAGGUUAUACACAAUCACCAUGUAUAAUUGUUUGUGUACAUCAUAUGUUAGUACAAAAAUUCAACACAAAAGGUGCAGACUGUAUUAAUUGUUAAUACUGUACAAUUUUAUUAUUCUUGAACUCAAACAUUAUGUCAACUGUUUUAUUAUUGAAACAGUACAUCCAUCAUUAACAAAUAUGCACAUAUUCACAAAACUGCCAGUGAUCUUAAAGAACAUAUUUAUUGGCAAAAUGUGAUUAGGUUUCUCAAUCACAUUUCACUUUUAAUAUGUUCCAUGUUGCAAAAGUUACACAAGCCAAAGUUAUUUGAUAGGUGCAUUAUGUUUAGUGAUUGCUGUAGUCCUACUGUUACUAUCAGACUGGCUGAUCAGUGUGUUAGUUUGGUGUUUUAGAGAAAGUCAGUUAUUGUGGAGGAACUUGUGUGUUUAAAGCACAAUACACCAAAAGUGGGUGUAUUGUGCCCAUUAUUAUUUUUAUUGACACUGAUGGCAGUUUUGGCCAACAACUUUCGUUCCUGCAGCAAUCAGUAGAAGACACGGUACAUAGACAGGGUUGCUUGGUUUCACAUAAAGUAUAAUAUAAUUCUCAUUGCAUUAAAACUUUAAUGCAAUGAGAAUUAUUAAAGCUUUAAAACCCAAGUGGCACCAAUGUACAUGCCACACCAGUCAUGUCACAUAACAUGCUGGCAAAUAGUUGCACAAGUGUGAGCAUGGUUGUUAGUCAUUAAAACAUAACUGUCUUACCACUAAACUUACACUGCUCUACAUAGUUAAGUUAAAUAUCUUGUUUAAAUUUCUUCAAAUAAAUAAAGUCCAUAAAAUUAAUGAUUAAAAUGUUAACAGUAUUUGAUGCCUGUGUAGAAAUGCAGGGUAGAAUAUAUAAUGAUGGUUGGUAUUUGUCAAAUGCUGUUAAAAUCUUAUAAUUACAAAGGGCAUUUUGUAUAUUAUAGUGGUUAAUUAUGCAAAAAUACAUCAUACUGUAUAAAACUGUAUUAUACAGUAUGCCAAAAUUAAUGCAUACUGUAUAAUGCAGUAUGUUUGCCACAGAUUGUCUUUAUGAAGCAUUUGGUAUUUUGACUUCUUGGUUGAGGCAAGACAGACAUAUUAUAGUUAGUUGUGCUCUUUUAGGCAUUCGUCCAACUUUGUUAAACUGGCAAAGCUCGGCUUGCUGAAUAAGCUCACUUGUAUUUUAGGCUCUGGGAAUUUUUUGCAAUUAUGACAAAGUACUGACUUGUAUGAAAUAUAUGAAUGAUUACAUUGAUUACAUAAGUUGUCAUUUAAUGUCUGUCAAAUUUUAAUAUAUAUAUAUAUAUAUAU